AUGUUUCUCUACAUGCUGAUCUUCAUGGCCUACAAAAGCAGCCGAUGGAUGCCACUAAAUAAGAGGCUGAAAUUUCAAAUAGUGAAUGCAGUGUUCGUGGUGGUGGUUCUGACCCCUCAAAUCUACAUCAUGGGGAGGCCAAAAUCAUCAAGAUACUGCAGGCAGCCUCUUCUGAACAACCUGUCAGCCUCUGUAGCCCUGUCCAUCAUUGCUUCAGGUCUUUCAGUGGUAUUCACUUUACUAGAUCCAGUUCCUCAGGGCUUGUGGGCUGCCUAUCAUGUGUUUGGACUUUUUUCAUGCGGGCAUGGACUGUGCACGACCGUCCUGACUCUCACAGCAGCUGCUUGUGCCAACACUACCACAGAGCUGUACUACCUCUCUGUUGCUCUAACAGUGGCUUCAGCAAUCAGCACAGGGUUCUUCAUGGUGAGAUCAGGACUGUGGUUAACCAACAGGCAGGCAGUGAUGUGGGACAAGUAGAAACGACGGGUGAUAAAACAGGUCCAGCUGUCCCCACAGUGACAUCGGAUACAGUGUGUUUUAAAGAAUUCAUGAGGGAUCCGGGCCACCAGCAGAUGGUAACUUAACACCAUGAACAAAGGAAAGUAGUGUGAGGGAGAAAAUUAAACUCUAGUUUUAAGACUAACCGCAGAAAAAAACAGAUGUGGUGAUUGGUAAAAAACUAUGCAACUUGUUGUCCAAUGAAUACAUAUGUAGUUUUCAUAGUUAUUGUUAACAGUAUAUACAUAUAUAAUGUAAACGCAAACGGAUAAAAAUGCUGUAAAAUGUUUCCUAUAUUAAAACACAGUAAUUUUUGGCUUAGUGUGAAAUAAAGGUUUUAUUUCAAAGCUUUUACCACAAACUUGUGUUUAAAACACAUUAAGUUUGUACAAAAAAGGUUAAAA